AUGGACAGCAGAGGGAGGAGAGGGACAAACGGGUCCUUCAAACGCUCGUCCAUCAAACGGAGCGCGUCUUCUGGAUCUCAGAGGGUAAGACUGAAGACGUCUUUUUUUAUUUGAAAGGAAUCUGGUGUUUGUGUUAGUUUUGGCGCCCCCCUGUGGUCAAAGAGGAGCCUAACAGGACUCUGUGGUCUCUGUGAUCCGAGUUGUCAUUUCUCUCCUGCUUUUAUUUGAAUUGUUGAAGUUUCUGCUGAAAACGUCAUUUCCUGAAGUGGCUGUUUCAGAACAAAGGUGUUCCAAUGACGCAGAAUAACUCAGGGCUUUUAUUUUGAAGAGAUCUCAGAAACUAAAAUACGUUUGUCCUUAAAUCACUCGAGUUUCACUGGAGCUUUGAUGAAGUGGUGAAUGUCCGGACUUCAUGAGUACAUGAUAAUAAUCUAGUUCAACUGCUUCAGGUUGUAAAAGACUUGGAUCGAAACAAGUCCGAAUCCGACCAGAACCGAACCUGAAUGUCCAAAUGAAACUCGAACAGAUUCAGACACAGACAGACUCCUCUUCUGGAACAGUUUAAAGGCUGAAACAGAACCUCGUUUGUGGAGCAGACCUGACCCUGUUCGUCAUGUGACCUGAUCGGUUUUGUGGUUAAUUAACUUCAUGUGAUUUCGCUCCACAAACACAAUCAGCUGUUUCUUCUCUGGAACCGUCAUGUGACUGAAAUCAGACACUUUUAACCGCCGCGUCUGUGAAACUUUGAGCCCUGAGGACUUUUAUUUGAGCUCAAGUUUUUAAAAGAAGCUGCAAGUCGAGACAAAAAAACAAAACAACCGAUUUUAUAAAUAAUUUUAAUAACAGCCUUCAGGGCGUCAAGAUUAGGUUUUAACUUUCAGGGCUGAAAGCUGGAUCCCAAACCUACAUUUGUCUUUCCUGGUUUUCUGGUUCAAAGGGUUUUUCAGGUCACAUGAGAAACAUGUCACUAAUGAAGGUCUGAGCUGGUCAGGACACCCGCGUACGCAACCCUUUUUCAGCAGACUGUGUUAGCUGUAGGAGCUGGAAUAACAAACUCUACACACAUCAUAAUAAACUGAGAUGCAAAAAUACCAAAACCCACAAAUAUAUCAAUAUAAGGACCUAAGUAUCUGACAACAACAAAAACACCAGAGAAGAGGAGUAGCGUUGGUCUCAUCUUUUGAAAAAGUAGCGCGUCCAUCAUGUCGGACAAAAACAACGCUGUACGAUGCUCCAUCUUCUUGUUUCUCUAAAAUGCCCAGCAGCAGUUGUAGACACUUCUGACGUCUGACACCGACCUGCUGCUGUUGUUGUUGGGUCAACCGGAAACAGCGCCGCUGAAAAGAUCUGCAUGUGCAUGUGGACGAGGAGAGAAGUUUGAAUUUAGUCCGAUUAAACUGUGACUGUAAACGCGCUGACUGUCAACCACACCUCAAAAAUUCUGAAAUAUUCAUUUAACUUCAAAAAAUCAAGAAAGCAGGUAAAACGGCGUUCAGCGUUCAGGAUGGUGCGUGACGCCGCCUGCAGCCACAUGUGAGCCACAGGUUUCCUGAAGCCCGACUGAUUUAAAGUCUGACCUUGGAGCAGCUUUAAAACAGCAUUUCAGUUUCCAGCAUUUAAGACGACAAAUGUCAGCGCUGACUUAAUAUUUCCACCCAAACUGUGACUUUUACCCCAUUAACAAAGUUCACAUGAAUACUGAGAAAGUAUGACAGCGUUCAAGUAAAGGUCAGAGGUCAAAAUAACAAAUCUAACUGGACUUUGAGACCAGAUCGGAGCAGGUCUGCCGUAAUCUUCCAUGAAAAAGCUUCCUUACAGAAAUCUCAGAAAGCGAACUUUGAGAAAAAACAAGUUUCAGCCAAUCACAGCAGAGCAGGGCGGGAUCAGGAGGGGUGCAAUUAGAAACAGAAUCCCCCUCUGAUUGGUUGAGAGCUGCUGGUCCUUUCCUGUCUGUGUGAGAAAUAAAAGCCUCUAAUACGAGAGCUCAUUAUGCAAACAAGUCGCUCCUCUUAACAACAUUAAUCUGGUUUAAAGCCUGAUAAUCCAGAUCCUGCUGGACUCGCUCACACUCUCUGUUCAUUGUUGUGAGUCUCAGCUGCUUUAAUCCCUCACACGCUUCUUAUUCAACUGUCCACAGAGACGUGCGGUCAAAGUGACGAACGCAGAGGCAUAUCUUCACAAAUAACUGCAGAGUCUCAGGUGUCAGUCGCCCACGUUGUUAGAUGAAGUCAGUUUUCGAUGGUGCCCCAAGGUUAAAAACAAAUGGAGGCUCUGUUCAGAACAGCUGGACUGUGCAGAUACUCGAGCUUUAGCAGGAACAGGACCUUCUUGUUCUCCCCCCUGGACCCUCAGCUGAUCUGCUUUUGUUUGUAAAGUUUGACUUCACUCACAUCAGAAAAGCACUUUGUCCUUUUUAACAUUGCUAAUCAAUAUUUUUCAGGGAUUAGCAGAUCAUGAAAAAACUGGAUUGUUGUUGAAUCUUAGAGUUUGUUGUCUUUGGCAACGAAAAACUUUGCAUGAAGGGGUUCUGGUCCAGGUUUAGACCACAGGUUUGACUGUUGAUCUAUAAUGAGCAACAUCACUUAAAAAAAUCUGAAUGUGGUGCAAAAACUGAAAAAUGACUUAUUUUUUGCAUGGGGUGAGAAACAUGUUGCAGUCGAGGAGAUUAUGCAAAAAAUUUAAAAAAAUGCAAGUGAACAAAAUAUGUUCAUAAAUGCUAAAAUACACUCUUUAAAAGUCACACAAAUACCCAUAACGCCUGGUUUUAGACCACAAUAAUUCAUCAGCUAAUACAGCAUCGGUUAUUCUUGGGAAUGACAGGUAGAAGUCCCACACAGUGGUCAGAGGGAUUUUGAGCUGUUCUUCUUGCAGAAUAGUGUCCAGGUCACUACGUGAUGUUGGUGGAGGAAAACGUUUCCUGACUCGCUCCUCCAAAACACCCAAAGUGGCUCAAUAAUCUUUAGAUCUGGUGACGGUGCAGGUCAUGGGAGAUGUUCAUCUUCACUUUCAUGUUCAUCAAACCACCCUGUCUCCAGUCUAGCUGUUGGUGGAUUAUCAUCCUGGUACACAGAACCACCUUCUGGAUACAGUAUUUGAACCACUGGGUGCACAUGGUCCUCCAGAAUGGUUCGGUCGUCCUUGGCAGUGACGCGCCCAUCCAGCACAAGUAUUGGGCCGAGGGAACGCCCUGAUACUGCAGCCCAAACCAUCACUGAUCCACCCUCAUGCUUCACUCUGGGCAUGCAACAGUCUGUGGGGUUUCUCCACACCAUAACUCUCCCUGAUGUGGGAAAGACAGUAAAGGUGGACUCAUCAGAGAACAAAACAUGUUUCACAUCGUCCACAUCCCAAGAUUUUCACCAUUGAAACCGACGUUUGGCAUUGGCAUGGGUGACCAAAGGUUUGGCUGUAGCAGUCCGGCCGUGUAUACUGACCCUGUGGAGCUCCUGACAGACAGUUUUGGUGGAAACAGGAGAGUUGAGGAGCACAUUUAAUCCUACAGCUUCCUCUUGCGUCCACAUUUACUCCUGUUGAAUGUGGUUCGACCUUCUUGGUGGCAUGCUGACAUUACCCUGGACACCGUGGCUUUUGAUACAUCACAAAGGCUUGCUGUCUUGGUCAAAGAUGCGCCAGCAAGACGUGCACCAACAAUUUGUCCUCUUUUGAACUCUGAUAUAUCACCCAUAAUAUCGUGUGCAUUGCAAUAUUUUGAACAAAACUGCUAUUACUCUGCUUCAGUCUCAUUGUCCAACCCCUGUAGAUCGAAGUGUCUGCUCCUCAGGAUGAAGUGAAAUGUUUGAUUAUUCUUUGGUCACCAUGUGGAGUGACAGACAGCCGCUCUGUGUGUCAAAAAUAAGAUCAAAUCCAAUAAAUCGCUCCUCUUAGACUCAGCAUACACACUUAAAAUCAGGGUUUUACUUUGAACAUUUGGUCUUUGGAGGUUUAUUUUCUUCUGCUCAGAGGUCAUGAACUCAAACUGCAGUGUUGUUUCUAAAACCUCAACAAUGGGUCCGGUUGUUCUGGAUGUUUGUGAAUAAAAAAAUUAAGGAGCAGGAAUCAGAACCUUGAGAAGGAGCUGGACUCUGUUUUCUGUUAAUGAGCGGAUGCAUGUUUGGAUGUUUGUGUGGAUUUCUCAAAGCUGAUUUGUCGAGCCUUGGAAGAAGAAGAAAAUACUCUUGUGUUGGAGCUUGGCGGGUCAUGGGACUCCCAGAAGGAUUACCUCGGACCCGAGUCAUGAGACCUGCUCCAACAAAGAGGCCUGCUGCCUCACAUGCUCAUCAUAUGAACCCGCUCAGCCGCAUAUAGUCAACUCCUGACUUAUCUACUGAGCCGCACUGAGGCUGCAGACCCAGCCAGGGAGCCAGACGUCCCUGCAGAGCUGAAAGACCCCGGUCCUCAGAGCCACGGGGUUUUCUCAAAAAAACGGUCCUCAGUCCAGUUUGAGUUUGAAGAUGAAGUUCUCUGGAGGUCGAGGUGGAGACGAGGAGCGUUGGAGCUGCGUGACCACACAUGGAGACGGAUCCUGAAGAACCUCAGAGGUCGGUCGGAGGUUUGAAGUUUCCGUAAAUUAAUUUAGAAAAAGCCUGAAGUUGAAAACUUUCAGAAAACAACAGAAAAGUUUGUGUUUGUCUGUAAGUCCAGGACCUCGAUGCUUCAGAAAAUCUGACUCCAACUGACUUUUGAUUUGUUUUUGUGACUUAAACUCUUCAAAAAUAUUGUUUUUGUUCCAAAGUUUUGCUGAUUUUCUGAGAGUCUUGGAGGAAUCUGGUCAAAAAUUAUGAUAAAAAUGUAAUUUAGUGAAGUUUGAACCAUUUCAUUACCUUAGUUUUCUACAAACUACUUGUCUACUUUAGUCCUUCUUUUUCAGUAUUCCUUCUACAGAAGUGUUCGUGAUCCUGCAAAAUUUCCCCUCCUUGCUUUUCUUCUCACCCCUCAGAACAACUGUUAUUAAGUUUUAAUGUAUUACUUUCAUGUCUGCAGUAUUUAUUCUUCCUCUUGAAGUAUAUUUCGCUUUUGAAACUUUUUUGAUUUCACAAAAUUUAUAUCCUGCAACAUUUCUACUCCAAAAGUCUUACGGAUGGGCCGAAAACACUUUUUUGAGUUUCUUAUAAAAAAUUUUUUUAAUUGAACUUUAAUUUGUAAUCACUGAACCCCUUCAUGUGUUUUAUAUUUUCUACUGCAGUAUCCAGGGUAAAUCAUAAACGUAACAGUGCACAUAUUUUCCUCUCCCUAUGCUGCAGUAUACUUUCUAUUGCACCUCAGUCUAUCUUCGGCAGCAUCUUGCUUUCAUAAUUUCUGCAGUUUGUCUCUUUCUUACAGUUUUGAAGUCCUCGUGUUGUAAUUUUAAAAUAUCUCUACUCCACUAGCGACUCUGUUUGUCCUUUUGCAGCAUCUCUGCUCCUAAAAUAUAUGAUUUUCAGCAGCUUUUUCAGCAGCUACAUUCCCAAUUCAAGCAAUUAAAGUUCUUCUUCUUCUCCCACAGUAAUUCUUAUCCUAGAGAAUAUCUAAUCUAGUCCUGCAGCUCCUGUGUUUCUCAUAUAUUUGCACUCCUUCAGUUCAUGUUUUGCUGCACUUCCUCUGCCUCUGCAGCCCUUGUACUCCUGCAGUAACUCUUCUGUGAUUAAACCUGUUUUGUCAGUCAGAUUUCGGGUGUUAAACCAGGACAGUUUUUCCUUUUUUUAAUGCUCCUCCUCCUGCCCGCUCACUGGUCAGCUCUGGAAAUUUAAAACAAGAACCUUUUAGUCCAUGUAGAGUCCAGCUUUACUUAAUGCACCUCAAAUCUUCUUAGGAAAUCUUGCAGCCCUGAUUUGACCCAACGACCAAACAUCCGCCCAGCUGAGGUGAUAAUUAUCAGUGAGGUUUUCAUUCACUCAUUUCCUGAUGGCAAGAUGAUGACGGCGGUGAGGAGGGUGAUGAUGAUGAUGAUGAGGAUGGUGAUUCUUCACGCACGUGAAGAAGACAAUCAAAACUGCAGCUCGUGUGACACUCGGGCUUUAAUCCUCCAUCAGGCAGAGUGCACAAAUUUCACAAAGUGCUUCAAAAACGACUCACAAUAGCACACGGUAUAACAAUAACACACAGUUACACACGGUUACACACAGAGUCAUUAGUGCGGUAUGGAUUUAAACACAGAUUUAAAGGGCACUCCCGUGUGUUUUGUGUGCAGCAGCAGCAGCAGCAGCAGCAGGAUUAGGUUGUGCACAGUAAGAGGAUUUGAUGCAGAAAGAAAUGGAAAGCUCCACUCGUCCAGUAAUUAGUCGGAUUCAUGCAGACAUGUGCAGCUUGAUGUUUCAGCCAUUUGUGGUUUUUAACCCUUUUGUGCUGCUGUGGUUUAAAUGAGGUGUUUUAACCGUCAGUAUUAAAGUUCACCGUGUGAAUCUUUUAGAGGGAAACUCAACAACUUUUUCAGAGGGACAGUUUACCCAGAGGUUUCUUCUCGUCGUCGUUUUCUUCUGCUUCAUCCGGGUCCAGUAGGGAAGCCCAGACGGCCCUCACCCCGGCCACUUCCACCAGCUCCUCCGGGGGGAUUCCCAGGCGCUCCCAGGCCAGGCGAGAGAUAUAAUCCCUCCACCUGGUCCUGGGCCAGCCACGAGGUCUCCUCCUGGUGGGACAUGUCUGGAACACCUCUAACGGGAGGCACCAAGGAAACCCACUUCGGCCGCUUGUAUCCUCGAUCUUGUUCUUUCGGUCAUUACCCAAAGUUCAUUACCAUAGGUGAGGAUCGGCACGUAGAUCGACCGGUAAAUCCAGAGUCUCGCCUUACAGCUCAGCUCUUUCUUCAUCACGACUGAUCGGUUAAGCUUCGCAUCACUGCUGACGCCGCUCCGAUCGAUCUCCCGCUCCAUCCUAGCCUCACUUGUAACCAAGAUCCUGAGUUACUUGAACUCCUCCACUUGAGGCAGGACCUCCCCUCCGACCUGGAGAAGGCAAUCUACUAUUCCUUUAUUUACUUAUAUUUAGAUCACAGAACUCUGGCACAGUCUGAUCACUGUUUGUCCUUCACUGCUUCUACUUGUUUAUUUUUUAACAUCAGGAAACUGAAAUAACUCCAAAUGUCAGAUUUAAUCCACACUUUUAAAACUGUCUUUCUUAGCGCCGGUGUGCUAGAUCAGGCAGUAAACUCAAGCUGCACUGAUUUCACUCUUGACAUGACGAAUACCAAACAUUUCACCCCCCAGCAUGCACCUGCAGCUUCCUACAGAGGGUCUGAGAUAUUUCCUCAUUGCUCCUCAAUGUCUGUUUGUAAAUGUAAAAUUUGAUGGUGGGAUGAGGGAGGAUUUUACGAAGAGUAUCAUGAACCUCUAAAAUGUUGUCUUUUUGAUUUUCUCCAGACUCAGAGAGCGUGGAUCGAGAGAACUUUCCAGAAGAGAGAAUGUAUCCAGAUCAUUCCCAGCAAAGACACCAGCAGGUAUAACUUUACAAAGAUCACAAUACAUAGUGUAAUUUUGAUGGAUGACAUAUUUUCUUGUUAAUGCUGUUGGUCUAAAUGCUGAAAAAGCUCAUAUUACCCACAAUCACCUGAAAGCAUUGCACUGUGGGUGGACCUUUUAAGGGCAGGUUUAUCAUAAACUUGGUGAAUAAGAAAAAUUACACUCACACCAAUAUUUUGCUUGGGAGAUGAGUUGACCGAUUCAGACAAACGCAAAGGUGGAAAAACACCAAAUUCCAAACUGGCGAGCCAGCCAGGAGAACAUGCAUCUGCACCAAGUCAAGUAUUUCAUGUGAUCAACUGUAAAUAUAACAACAUCAAAACAACGAGGCAUUGAAAUGUUCAAUUUUGUCGGCUAUAUGCUCUUAAGGUCCUUACACACCGGGAACGAUGCAAAUAUACGACACAAAAUUAUGAAAUAUUCUGAGGCGAAUUUUGGAAAGUUUAUGAAAUGUUCAGAGUCGUGGUGACAGGUUUGACUUUCUGUCUAUGAAACCAUCUGACCAAUAAAAAAAUGCGGGUAAACUAGUUUUAAAACAUCUGAAGCAACAUAUGAAAACAACACACAUCAUAUCUCUGAUUAAUUAAGAUUUUAUUAAAAGUAAGAGUAACAUAUGUGACUGUUCACACAUUGAGAUCCAGGUCCUUAAAUCUGGGCCUCUUUUCCGUCUCUGUUUUAACCAAACAUGAACUGUCAUGGCUGUUCAGGUGCAGUUGUGGUCAACUGGUGGCGCAGCACAGCCCCGUCCCUCAGGGGCCCAAAGAAGAUGGGGCCCCUCUGGUUCAGCUGGAGACGCAACCCACAGAGAGAUGGACCGCCCUCAAACACACCCAGACUUCGUCCACCGACGCCUACGGGGUCAUCGAGUUUCAAGGAGGAGGACUCGUCAACAAAGCCAUGGUGCUUCAUACGCUCCCAAAGACACGAUAAUCCUCACAGUUUCUUCCUGUUCCUUCAGUAAACCUCUUCCUCCUCCUUCGCAGUAUAUCCGGAUCUCCUACGACUCCAAACCAGACAACCUGCUCCAGCUGAUGGUGAAGGACUGGCAGCUGGAGCUCCCAACGCUGCUCAUAUCUGUCCACGGGGGCCUGCAAAACUUUGACCUGCCCCCCAAACUGAAGCAGGUUUUUGGGAAAGGACUGAUCAAAGCAGCUGUGACCACCGGGGCCUGGAUCUUCACCGGAGGAGUCAGCACCGGUAUGAAAGUCAGGGAAUCCAUAGAGGUGUUGGUCGAUGUGUGACAGUAAACUCCACGUGUUGUGUGGCGAUCAUAACCAGACGUGGUAAAAAUAAAUGUUACCAAGAUCAAACCUCUUCCUGUCUUUCAGGAGUGAUUCGUCAUGUUGGAGAUGCUCUCAAAGAUCACUCGUCAAAGUCCAGAGGAAAAGUCUGCGCUAUCGGCAUUGCACCGUGGGGCAUCGUGGAGAACAAAGAAGACCUUAUUGGGAGAGACGUAAGUCAAACGAGACUGAGAAAGAAUGAACCAGGACAAUAAAACAUGAGUGAACUGGGAAAACCAGGCUAACCAGGACUGAUCCAGACCAGAACAGGUUGUAAAUGAGUUUAUUUCUGCUGUGAAGACUGGCCUGUUAUGGAGGCAGUCAUGUUGGUUACCUUGGACUUAGCUAUGGCUGACACCUUGCCCAGAACUUGGACAAGCAGUGCACCAGUACCAUGAGACCAGUGGUCAAUAGGUCUCAAAACCCAGUCCCUGCUAGACCAGGUUUAGCAGGACUUAACCAAGCUGAACCAGACCAAACACAUCAGAAAAGGACUAAACCAAGCCAAACCAUGCCAAUCAAAGUUGACUAACCCUGACUAGACUCAACCAAAUUCAACCAAACCAGUCCAAACAAGUCCAAAUCUGCCGAUCCAGACACCAACACCAGCAUAAGUAAACCACAGCAGACUGGAGGGAUCACAGAAAUCACUGCUGGGCUUUAAUAUCAACGAGUGUUUCACCACCUUCUCAAAUUCACCGUAUAAAUGUAAGACUUCGUUAUGGUUUUAAUCGGACUGAUCACAUCUGUGUGUCCCAGGUCACUCGGCCCUACCAGACCAUGUCGAACCCCCUCAGUAAGCUGUCGGUCCUGAACAGCAGCCAUUCCCACUUCAUCCUGGCCGAUAACGGGACGAGUGGGAAGUACGGCGCCGAGGUUCGACUCCGCCGGCAGCUGGAGAAACACAUUUCUCUGCAGAAGAUCAACACACGUAAGUGACACACACCGGAGACGGCUUUACAGGCCGCCGCAACGUUUUAGUUAUUCUGGUUUUUAUCUCCGCUAUGUUGAUAUCUGAUGUUCAUGAAGUCUUCAGACUGAGUCAUACCUCUGUAACGGUGUCAGAUUCCUGGAUUAGAAUCAACAAAUCAUGUGACCUGUGGGUUUCCCUUUGUCAUCCUAUGCCUGGAGCUGUCUGUAAGGCAGGGACAGCAAAGGGAGGCUCAGCUGUCACCUCUCACUUCAACCACAAAGAAACUUCCAGAAAAAAAAAAGUCCAAAUACCAGAAAAUGAACCACUGUGAACCUGGUUCUCUUUGUGGACGUGAUCUUUGCUCCACAGGUGAGAAAGUCUCUCGUUUACGAGUACUUACUGUGUUUUUCAUGUGUGCUAGGUCUCGGUCAGGGUGUCCCUGUGGUGUGUCUGAUCCUGGAGGGAGGUCCAAACGUCAUCUCCAUCGCGUUGGAGAGUCUGAGGGAGGAGCCUCCGGUCCCUGUCGUCGUCUGCGAUGGCAGCGGCCGUGCCUCUGACAUCCUCUCUUUCGCACACAGAUACAGCAAUGAGGACGGGUCAGUGACACUCAUGGAUCAUUUAGUGCCUUUUAAAGCUGCUUCCUGGUUCCUGAUCUAGACGCUGCGUUAAAAGACAGAAGAAAUGGGUCUAGAUUUUGGUCAAAACUUCUGGAUCAUAUCCUCUUUAUUUACAACCUCUGUUCCUGAGAAGUCGGAACGCUGAAUAAAGAGUUUGUUUGAAGUAGUUGUUUCAAGUGUAAACAUCACACUUUUGCUUAAGCUUGUCAUACUUUUACCCCAAAUUUCCACCGAAUCUGGAACAACUACGAAAAGAUUGAGUGGUUUACCUUGAACAGAAUCACAUGACUGAUCUUUGGUGUUUCUUCUGCUCAGGGUGGUGAGUGACAGCGUCAAAGAUCAGCUGCUGGUCACCAUCCAGAAAACCUUCAACUACAGCCGCAGUCAGGCGCAGCAGAUCUUCCUCAUGGUGAUGGAGUGUAUGAAGAAGAGGGCUCUGGUAUGACACGGUGACGCCUGAUACUGAACACGUCCGUCUGUCUGUCUGUCUGUGGGAAAUUCAUUUGAAUGUUUUAGUUUGUGCGUUUUGGCGCCAAAAUAAAAUCUUUUGUCAUUACUCGUCCUCUCAUCUGUGUGUUUUAAUUCAUGUCCAUCUCAUUACCAUUCAUCCCCAUCAACCAUACCCAAUAGAAAGGAGCUAGACUUGGUCACAGCAGAAAUCUAAAGGCACGGUGCACAAAGCAAACUGCACAAAGUCAAGCAAACCCAAAUGAUGUAAUCCUUCCUUUACGACGAGCAAGAAGGAAGGGUAGCCUAAGUGUUGCCUAGAAUGACUUUGUAGAUAAAGACAUACCAAUGUCCGAGGCGACCUGUGCUUAGAGAAGUCCAGUUGACCUUUGAGUAUAAGUCACAGAGGUGGGUAAGAAGGUGGGUCAGAGCUCCAUGGUAAACACUGUCCAACAUCUGUAGACUCUGAGCAGAAGCGUUCAUGUUCAGUAAAUCACCACAAUCCAGAACAGGUAAAAAUGUUGACUCAACACGUUUCUCUUUUAACCAUAAAAGAGACACAAGACUUAUUUCUGUAGUAAAAACAAGUAAAACCUUCAGCUUCUUGGUAACAGACUGAAUAUGCUCUUUAAAAGACAAUGAAUGACAGGCCUCAACCUCAGAAGACUAACAGGGACAAAGUUUUGCCACAGUGUCAACAGGCAGAGGUGAAAUUUGUCAGACUCCUCUGUAAGUUGAUUUCUCAUGCAGGUUGACUUUAUCGUUGAGGUUUGAGCGGUUAUUAAUCUCUUACUUUGGGACUGAUAGAUUGAAUUUAUGAUUUUCCUUUUCAUUCAGAGAGCCGGUGAUCAACCGCACUUUUAUAACUCCUUAAAAACUGCAGAUAACUGGAACAUCUACCCAACCUCUCACUGUGAAACCUGAAGGAGAACCACAUAACGGACUGACCUCCACACUCACUGUGAAUCCUGGGAAAUGUGCCACUCUGCUCUGAUGUAAAACCUGCCCACUGUGACCUCGGCAGUUGAAACAUUAAUAUAAUGACAAAGGUUUUACCUUUGACCCAAACAAGCAUAGCUUAAUGGAGAUUGUUCUAUGACCCUCCACUAUUAAUUUAAUCCCACAAUCCUCUGCUUCUGCCUGAGAACAGCUGCAGCCGACUGGCCAUAAAUUUAAAUAAAGUCGCAGCAAUUCACUUAAAUGAUUUGUUCUCAGAUUAAAUGAUGAAGGUUUACAUGUUUCACUCAAGAAAUGAAAUAAGAUGAAGAGCAGGAGGAUUAAACCUGCUGGAAAUAUCUGUUCCUGCCGGGGUCGCUGUUUUAGAAUCCAGACUUCAGCUGGGAAGCAUGAAGAACAAGUGCACAACAAAUAUUUCUCCACAUAUUUUCUUGAAGUCCAUUGCAAAAAAGCAGCAACUUGAGGUGUUGGAAGAUUAAGUAAGUCAGUUAAGUGCCAAAAGCUGCAGUUCCCCAAAUGUCCACUGGGGGCUGGCUCCAAAAGCUGAAGAGGCAUCAUUGACACCCAUAUUAAAAAUGCAGAUUUUCACAGCAGAAAUAAACCCGUCUGAAGCUCGGAACGAAGACAGUUUUGGCCUGUACGGCUCAUUUACUUAUUCCUUCACACUUUGCGAUGGAUGUAUUUCUUUUAUAACUUGUCUAUCUUUUUUAAGAUUAAUUACAUUGCUUCUCAAACACAAGUAAGACAGUUGGUACUUACCAAAGAUCUUACCAAAGGUAGUUUUGGGGGGGUUUAUUCUAAAGGUUACAGAUCUUAGCUUUUGUAAAAUCACUCUUCUUACAUAAAUUAAUUGUAUUGUUGUUAAAACCUUGAAACGUAAUAGUGUGGCUGUUUGAGAAAUGAGUGAACUGGGUCAUUUUCAUGUCGUGUCCUGGUCCCUCACUGUCUGGAUUCUGCAGUGGGUCGGUCUUAAGUGAACCUUUGAAUUAAUGGGGUUUAAUAAGAGAGAAAAGAAGGACCUUGAAGGACCUACAUCGAUUUUAUUUACUCUGAAACUUAAAACCCUUUAGAUAGUUUUCAUUGUUCCACUGUUAAUGUGACAGUGAGUUCUCAAUCAGGAUCGGUCUUUGGAUGGUCCUCUAACCGCAGCGUACGCUCAGAUAAAAUGUCACUUCUCCACUCUGUCCAUCCGUCCUUGUUCACUUCCCUUCUCCACGUUUUCUAUAAACCUCUCUGUGUGGCCUCAGCUGAUGACCCUGAGAUGCUUGUACAUUCUACAAACUUCGCCCACUACCCUGUCCUGAUUUUCUUUGUUUGUUGUGUGUAUUUCUUACAUUCACAUGUUGUUCGUCCGUAGAUCACAGUCUUUAGGAUGGGCUCAGAGGGACAGCAGGACAUUGAGAUGUCCAUCCUGACGGCUCUACUGAAAGGUAAACAACAAAAAAAGACAAAUACUACAUCUCAACAGGCAAACGCCAACAAGGUCAUUUUAGAGACUGUUAUCACCACAGCGUUAGCAAGCUACCACAACUGUAAUGGCAGUCUAUAAAAUCACUAUUUAAUGCAAAUUCUCAGCUUUUUAAUGAGACACUUCUAUUGAAAGGUCAAAAUAAUUGCUGAAUUUUUUUCAACGAUGUUGUUUUGCAUAAAUCAGUAACUCUGAUGUGUGUUUUCAGGUACGAAUGCAUCUGCGUCUGAUCAGCUGAGUUUAGCUCUGGCCUGGAACAGAGUGGACAUCGCUCGCAGUCAGAUCUUUGUGUAUGGACUUCACUGGCCUGUGAGUUCCUUAAACCACAUCCCCGUCUUUGUGGGGGAAAGGAGGCCAAUGUCCAACAUGGUUUUCUUCCUUUUCUAAUUUAUACGUUGUUUUUGAAGCCUGUUGGAGCCGUUGCCACCGACCGGCCGAAAAGUCCAUCAACCCAGCGGGCAGCAGCAUCGGGAGGAGGAGGAGGAGGUGGAGGAGGAGGAGGGAAAGGGAAACAAAGAGGGAAGAAAGGAAAAGGAGGCAAAACCAAACCUGAACCACCUGAAGAGACCGACCCCAGGAAACUGGAGCUGCGCAACUGGGUGAGAAACUAGACAGACUGGAGUCGAACUGGAAAUCAGUCAGCAGCUUCAAAAGUGUUUGAAUGAACUUUCAACUGUUUCACUGCUAAAGCUGAGGAGAAAAAGCUGUUCAUACAAGACUUAGCCGUUAGCUUAACAACUCUAAUUUAAAAAUGAACUAUUAGCUCAACAGAAAAAGAACCUGAAUAUUAGCUGGACUGAAUACAGGCUAGGACCAUCAGCUAAACAAAUCUAAGAAAAAGAAAUUAACAGACACAAACCGGUGAGGUUGAUGUUGGGCGCUUUGGUGUUGAAGGUACGAUGAUGGUGAUGGUGAUGAUGGUGGCGUUGUUAUCACAGGUGAACUCCCUGGAGCAGGCCAUGAUGGACGCUCUGGUGCUGGACAGGGUGGACUUUGUGAAGCUGCUGAUCGAGAACGGCGUAAACAUCCAUCACUUCCUGACUAUCCCCCGUCUGGAGGAGCUGUACAACACGGUAGGAGCGACACUGACACACUCAGCUGUCAGUGGACACAGGCCCUAAAAAAGCUCCUGAGGAAGAUCUGCGAUAAAACAGAGAAUAACGUCUUAUAAAGAAACACGAACAGAGUCAGUCUCUGAGGAAAGACUCUGUCGGUGAACCGUGUCUUACGUAGUCGUCUCUCCCGGUCGUCGUGUUCCCCCUCCGUCCGCCGUCUGCAGCGGCAGCACAGCCUCCGCAGGACGAUGUACAUAUCUGUGUUAAGAAUUCAUAUUUAAUCUGCAUUUUGACUGUGGCAACAAAAGCUAAAUAACGCUAAUUUGAGAACAUCAAAGAGAUUUGUCAUGUUUUUGCUGCAAUUCAGAGAUCAGUCAGCUGAAGGGAUGUAUGAUUGGAUAUCGUACCGCAAGUUUAAAGCAUUUUACAAAACACUGAAUUUGUUAGCAUGUAAAUGUAAAAAGCAGGUUAUCUCAGGAAACAAUAUUGUUGUUUUCUGCAGCACUUUAAAUGUUAAAUGUAAUGAAGCACAUUUUAAGGACAAAAUACCAAAUAUUUGAGCAGGACGGUGCAUUUGGUUCACCGUAACUUUAAUAAAAUUCCCUUUGAGCAAAGAUCUGUUGAUGUUAAAUAUGAACUGGAGGAGCAAGAAAAACAGUUUUCGGGUCAGAUGUGUGAAUUAUUCGUGUUUACAUUUAAAAGAAAGAAAUUUAGAUUUGGAAGCAGCAGAGCCAAAAAACUGCUGAUUGAUUUGACCCAAACUGGGAUUAGCGCUUUUAUUUUCCCAUGAUACUUUGGCUUUAAUUAUAUUUGAGAAAUUUGAGAAUAAGCAGCGAGUUAAUAAUACAAACAGUAUUGCUCCUCAUUCUCUGAAGACGUGUCAUUAUCAAAAGCUUUCUACUUUAACCUCCAUAUUCUCAUUGACAUGCUGAUCUGCAGCUUAACAUCCAUCAGUGAUCUCUUCAUCUUUGUUGCGUCACCACCGUCUCUAAUCUUCAUCUGCUUCACUCAAAAAGAGGCUCUUAAAACAACAUGUGGUGCUCAUGUGAGGCACAUUAUCGACGGAUCAAAGUGAAGCUCUCUGCUGCUGCUGCUGCUGCUGCUGUCUGUGUGUUCGUAGUCUGAGCUCAUCUGCUCGUAACCAAAAUCAGACGCCCUCUGCACAUCAGGUCUGAGCGAGUCUGCAGCCCAACAGCUGCUAAAAAUGACCUCAAAGUACCAGAUUUCUAAAUGUGCACCUCCCCUUAGCACUUAUCAUUUUUUAAGAGUCUUUUCAGAGCAUAAAAUAUUAAAUGCAUGAACACAGUAGUUAUUUUGUAGUUUUCUUUCCUUGUUUUGCUGCUUUAGAAACUGGGACCAGCCAACACGCUGCAUUUUGUGGUCCGAGACGUGAAGAAAGUGAGUAAAUCAGGAUGCUGCCGACAUUUAAUUUUGUCCAAUUUCAUUUAAGUAAGAGACUCCAGACACUUUCAUCCUGCUCAGAUCAUUUCUCUAUAAAAAUUUGGUAUUUUUAGGGAAAUCUUCCUCCAGACUAUCAGAUCACGUUAAUCGAUAUCGGCCUGGUGCUGGAGUUCCUGAUGGGUGGAGCUUAUCGCUGCAAAUACACGAGGAAGAGCUUCAGGACGCUUUACAACAACCUGUACGGCCUCAAGAGAGUGAGUCACACUGAAACAAACAGAGAUUUUAACUAAUGUUGUUAACAGAACUGUGAUGUUUUAUAGAGAGGAGACACUAGAUGGCAGCACAGAGGAGGAGAAGGAAGGUCGAUCAGUAUUUACAUGUUCAGUUUUAACCUGCAUGUUUGGAUCGAGGGAACAAACUGUGUUCACAGACAAAGAGCUGAUUUUGAAACCAUGUGGUGAUUUCCACUUCAGAGUCCUGUCUGAUUUUAAUGCCGCCUGAGAGCCUGAAGAUCAGGACCAUCCAUGCACAAAGAUUCCUCCAGAUUGAACGCCCUUUUGUUUGUUAUUCUGGGAUUUUUACAUGUUUUAUGAAUUUACCAAAUUUAUUUAACUUCCUUUUGUUUCCUUUUCCAGCCUAAAGCUCUGAAACUUCUCGGCAUGGAGGUUUGUUCAUUUUAAAUAUCCGAAAUCAAUCUAUAACCGCAGAGAUGAUCGGGUCUGAAGGUGGAUUUCAUGUCUAAUGCGUGGACUCGUCUUUGUCUCUGCAGGACGACGAGCCCCGUCAAAAGGGGAAAGGAAAGAAGAACAAGAAGAAGGAAGAGGAGGUGGACAUCGACGUGGACGACCCCGAGGUCAGCAGGUUCCAGUACCCGUUCCACGAGUUGAUGGUUUGGGCCGUGCUGAUGAAGCGCCAGAAGAUGGCGCUGUUCCUGUGGCAGCGUGGAGAGGAGGCCAUGGCUAAAGCUCUGGUGGCCUGUAAACUCUACAAAGCCAUGGCUCAUGAGUCGUCUCAGAGCGAGCUGGUGGACGACAUCUACCAGGACCUGGAGAACAACUCCAAGUGAGUCCAGAUUACAUCCUCGUAGUUUGACCAUAGCAGGACUUUUAGGGUAACAGAUUCUUCUUCUUCUUUCAGAGUAAAUAAGCAGAAAAAAAAUCCCCAAACACUCCUGUACUGUAGCAUCUGUAACUGACCGUGUCUCUGUCCGCAGGGAGUUCGGUCAGCUGGCCUACGAGCUGCUGGAUCAGUCGUACAAACACGACGAGCAGGUGGCCAUGAAGCUGCUGACCUACGAGCUGAAGAACUGGAGUAACUCCACCUGUCUGAAGCUGGCCGUGGCCGCCAAACACAGAGACUUCAUCGCUCACACCUGCAGCCAGAUGCUGCUGACCGACAUGUGGAUGGGCUGUCUGAGGAUGGGCAAGAGCAACAGUCUUAAGGUACCAACGAGACCAGGACAUACAGUGUAGUUUCUCAUUUCACACUGAAUGCGGUAAAACUGGGAAGUUAUCUGCACAGAUGUAAUAAAGACUUGUUUCUCGUUUGUUUGUGUUUCAGGUGAUUUUAGGGAUCGUUUUCCCUCCGACCAUCCUCCUCCUGGAGUUUCGUCUGGGAGAUGAAGCUUCAUUUCAUUCUUCCAAAGACAGCGAGGACGUAAAAACUAAAGAUGAUGACAACAAAUCCAGCAAGGUACCAAACUACCAGGACAGCCUCAGCGUUGAUUCCUUUAAAAUGUUUUUUUACAGCGUCAGAAAUGAUGGAUGUCUCUUUCAGGACGCGGUCUCAAACGUGGACGCAAUGUCAAAGAAAGGAGAUGAAGAGGAAGAGCAGAAGAAACACAAAAGGAGGACUCCCAUCGGGAGGAAGAUCUACGAGUUUUACAACGCUCCCUUCACCAAGUUCUGGUUCAACACGGCAAGUUUGAAGAACGUUUAUCCUUCGUGACCAGCUGCAGAGAGGAGGAAGAGGAGCACUUGAGAAGUUUAAAGUGGAUUUGACCUUCACUGUGUGGUCUAAAUAUAACAGGUCAUGUGUCUUUUUUCAGAUCUCCUACCUGGUGUACCUGAUGCUGUAUAACUACAUCAUCCUGGUGAAGAUGGAGCGAUGGCCGUCUCUGCAGGAGUGGAUCGUCAUCUCUUACAUUAUCACCCUGGGACUGGAGAAAGUCCGACAGGUGAGCUCAGAGUUACAGUCAGAAAAAUAUCUUAGAGACCUUCACAAAGAAACGGAAACAGAGGAGGCCUCCCACCCCUCUGGAUCUAGGAGGCCCCGGACCCAAAGCCGGUAAACUAUGAUUUGAUAUCUUCAGUUGCCUUCCCCUUCUCUGUUGUCAGAUCCUGAUGUCGGAGCCGGGGAAGCUGAAGCAGAAGAUCAACGUUUGGUUGGAGGAUUACUGGAACAUCACCGACCUGGUGGCCAUCUCCGUCUUCCUGCUCGGUUUGCUGAUGCGGCUGCAGAACGAGCCCCUCAUGGGGUACGGACGGGUCAUCUACUGCGUGGACAUCAUCUUCUGGUACAUCCGAGUCCUGGACAUCUUUGGAGUCAACAAGUACCUGGGACCGUACGUCAUGAUGAUCGGCAAAAUGGUAGGAUUCAGGAAAACAUUCAGAUCUAAAGAAGACUUGUUUUUAUCAUUUCCACCUUUUUUAUAUCGACUUUGGAGAACCUGUGGAGUCGCUUUGAAGGACCUGCAGCUCAAAAUCAUCAACCCACUUCAUUUGCUGAUACGUGAAUGUCUGAAUAUUGUGACGAAUUAACGCUCGUGACCGUGUCUCCAGAUGGUGGACAUGCUCUACUUCGUGGUCAUCAUGCUGGUGGUGCUGAUGAGUUUCGGCGUCGCCCGACAGGCCAUCCUCCACCCCGACGAGGAGCCGACGUGGCGUCUGGCCAGAAACAUCUUCUACAUGCCGUACUGGAUGAUCUACGGAGAGGUGUUUGCAGACUCCAUAGACCGUAAGACUAGAGUUCAUAGUAAGAGUUACAGUCAGACGCCCCUUACUCCUCAUGUGCCGCACUCACCCUCCUGCUGUCCUGCUGUCCUUGGCCUCUGUCCAAACUAAUGUCCUCACCUUUUGUCCUCACUUUCUGUCCUCAUCAUGAUUUUGGACCUAAAAUGUGGUUUUUAGACUCAUAAAUCUAGAGCUGAUAAACAGACGUCCUCUGUCUCAUCAUCUGUCGUCCAAACCCAGAUUUUCUUUCCCUACUAGCAGAUUUUCUAACUCAUAAUUACAGAUUUAAGUCUCAGUUUCACUGUAUAUGUGAUGUAGCUGUGUGAAUGAAGCUUACAUAAAGACUGAUAAAUGAUUUUUUAAGCAGAAAUAAACAGAAAAUUCACACAAAAGUUUGGAAUAUUUGUCAAUUCAACCCCAGCCUCGUGUUUAACGCGGUCUGCUGCUUUCUGGAGAAUUAUUCAAAGACUUUUGAAUGUUCCCUGGUCCCUGUGAUAUGUUUUUGAAAUUCACAUCAAACUAUUUUGCUUCUCAAAAAAUUGUAGGGCGGACACCUCAUGAUUCACAAAAAGCCAUGGAAAUAACGCAUAAAAUCAUGAGUCGGUAUUUCAUAAAUAAGCGGCUGUAAUUUUAAAUUGCCACAAAAUACGUGGACCAUCUUUGAAAGCAACAUCAAACAUAACAAGACGAUAACAACAAUACAGUCAGUACUUUGUGUGACCGCCUCUAGCAUUGUACAAUGCGCGUACACGUCUGGGCAUGCUGGUCACUAGGUUGGUAAGAGUUUCAACCGGGAUUUCUCGCCAGCAUUGGAUCACAGCCUGAGUCAGUUCAGCCACGUUUGUUGGAGGAUCAUUCUCGUUACACGAAACACUGAAGAAAAUAUUCCAAACUUUUUUCCAACACUGUGCUUACAAGUUUUGAGUUUGAGUAUUUGUCUUCUCUGAAUGAUGUUAUUGUUGUUAUUGUUGUUUCUCUUACUGCAUAUUACUGAUAAUUGAUUAUUUUCUCUGUCUUUAACUUUGACUGGUGACUAUAGUUUACGCCAUGGAGAUCAACCGUAAGUAUCCCUGAUAAAACGCAGUGAUUUUCCACCAGAUCAUCUUUUAUUAUUAAUAUUAUCACACAGUAAAUAACCAUGUUUUUAGGUCUCUUUAUAACGUCUCAUCUAUCAUAAACUCCAGGAUGACCCUCAGCUGUGCCUCACAGGUGAUUGGGUAACGGUUUGUUUGUGUUUCAGCUCCGUGUGGAGACAACAUGUACGACGAAGACGGGAAGAAACUGCCUCCCUGUAUCCCCGGAGCCUGGCUCACCCCCGCCAUCAUGGCCUGUUACCUGCUGGUCGCCAACAUCCUGCUGGUCAACCUGCUGAUUGCCGUCUUCAAGUCAGUGAAAAGAAGACUUAAAAAACAAACAAACAGAUCAGAGAAAAUAAACACAGAAUAUCAAAAUCAGUUAGUGGGUAAAAACCUGACUUUACAAAACCUUCCUCCUCCUCUUCCUCUCUGCAGCAACACCUUUUUCGAGGUGAAGUCCAUCUCCAACCAGGUGUGGAAGUUCCAGCGUUAUCAGCUGAUCAUGACCUUCCACGACCGGCCCAUCCUGCCUCCACCCCUCAUCAUCUUCCCCCAUAUCUACAUCGUCCUGCGGAGGCUGUGCUGCCGCUGCAGACGGCGGACGGAGGGGGAACACGACGACCGGGAGAGACGACUACGUAAGACACGAUUCACCAACAGAGUCUUUCCUCAGAGGCUGACUGUGUUCGUGUUUCUUUAUAAGACGUUAUUCUCUAUUUUAUCACAGAUCUUCCUCAGGAGCUUUUUUAGGGCCUGUGUCCACUGACAGCUGAAUUUGACCUCACCCGCCAUUUGAGAGGGCCUCUCACCAACAUUAACAGUUGUUAGAUUACACAGACUGUCUUCUAACACUUUUGCUCCCCUUGAAAGUGACUGUUAGCUCUGUUUUAAACGUCUCUAAAACUUUAUUUUUGCUUUAAUUUAAGGAAAUUUCACAGAUUCAGCAAAAACGAUGAGAGGGAUUCUGGUCCCGCUGUCAGGAGAAGCUGAGAGACUGGAAAACACCCUGUCCACCUCCACCAUUGUUGUUGAUAAAACUGAUUUUGACUGGUUUUAACUGCAGCAGAAUAAAAAUGAGCUGGUUUUGAAUAUAAAGUAGGAGUAGCCAGGAUAAUAAAUGCCGUCAGUGGACACCAGCCCUCAAGAGAUUGGGUGACAUUUGCUCUAAAAAAAGACUGAGCACUCUUUGUUCCCUCAGAGAGGAGAUAUUUUGGUUUCUACUUCACGAGAUGCUCUUUAUUCCUCCAGAGAUUAAACAUCUUUCUGUUCCCUCAGAGCUGGUGCUGAACGCCGAGGAGCUGAAGAGUCUGCAUGAGUUUGAGGAGCAGUGUGUGGAGGAAUAUUUCAGAGAGAAAGAAGACGAGAAGCAAUCGUCCAACAACGAAAGGAUCAGAGUCACAUCAGAGAGGUCGGCAAGAGUAAAAAAAUAACUGAUUCAAAUAAAAAACAAGUUGAAUGAGAAACUAGAGUUGGUUAGAAAGUUAUUCAAAGUAAAACAGUGACGAUACCGAGCUGAAGCUGCUGUCUGCUGUGUCUGUGCUCAGGGUGGAGAACAUGUUCAUGCGUCUGGAGGAGGUGAACGAGCGGGAACACUCCAUGAAGGCAUCCCUGCAGACCGUGGACCUCCGCCUGGCUCAGCUGGAGGAGUUCUCCAGCCGUAUGAUGAACGCUCUGGAGAAGCUGGCGGGCGUCGACCGCACCGAGCUCAUUCGCUCCCGUUCGAGAGGGUCGUCGGUGUGCGAGCCGGCCGCCCUGCUGCGACACGGCAGCAUCAACAGCACGGACGGGUACAGUCUGUACAGGUACCAGCUGGAGCACGAGGACAGGAGCUCUGUGACCGGAGAGGUGGAGGGAGGGGACAAGAGGAUACAGCAGAGUCCAGAGAGACGAGCGAACACAGAGGGAGGAGUCACAACGGGUGAGAACCAGCGAUGAAAUGAUCCAAAGUUACAGUCAGAACAAAAGUGCAGUUUUUACCGUACGAUCAGGUGGAACAAACUCAUGAGAGUCUGAAGGUGAGGGAGAUAAAACCAGGUCCUCCUGUCAGUCAAAGGCAUUAAAAACAUGCGGACGACCUUCAUCAUGUGAGAUCAUCGAACCCAGUGAUUUUCAACCCUACUAAUAACUAGGCAUGUAACGAUUCGCUCAAGUCACGAUUCGAUCCGAGUCACGAAUAUUAGGUUCACGAAAAGAUUUUAUUUAUACAAAAUUAUUACCCAGAGAAAUUACUUGAUUUUCUUUGUUUUUUUUUUAUUUCUCUGAUAAUACAGUAUUUUUUUCUUCUUUCUUUCACAAUAACAACACUGUUUUUCCCCUUACAACAAUGGUAGCGGGAUAAAUGCUGCAUCAUGUUGCUUGUGUUGGUUUUGUAAGGAACCUGUAUCAUGCAAUACCUGCAGAUGGUGUGUUUCGUAUCGAUUACCUUUUUGCCGUUUUCUCUUGUAGUUCGAGGAAAUCCAAAAUGCUUCCACACUUCUGAUUUAAAAGUGACCGGAGCCGGCACUAUCUCCACAUCACUGGGUUCGACGAUCCCCGCCAUGUCUCUCGUUUUCUUUUCUCUUUAUUUUCUCCACGUGUCUCUCUCUUUUUUUUGCAAAACAUCCCCACGACGCUCCUCUUUUUCCCUGCUUUACCUCUCUGACCGGCACUGCGUGUGACGUAGGACGUUCAGAACCAGAACCCUUUAGAGCCGGGGUUGUGCCAACAAAGUUACGGCAGUGUUUUAAACAGACUGAACUAGAGAUGCGGUUUUAGUCAAGGGCACCAUCUUCUGCAUGACAUUGAUGUUUAAUUUUGAGCACAUCGCCUCGAGUCGUAACAACGUGACAUUGAUAUUUAUUGCCAUUAGAUAAAUCGUUGCAUGCUUACUAAUAACUGGUAUAAUCAUUUCUUUCGGUUUUCGGCCUCGUUUCCUUAUUUUCAGUUUUGGCCAAGAAUUUUCAUUUCGGUGAAUCACUAUUUUCUAUAACAUAUACUGUGUUAAACUAUAGAGAGUCAUUUUGGUUGGCGGUGUCCCCCAGGAUUUUGUCGAUGUAAAAAAUGUUGGUUGAAAAACUCUGAUCGAACCUCUCUGUCACCUCCAGGUGAGGUGAAGGAGUUCGGGCCGACUCUGGAGGUGACAGGACGGAAAGAAAGAGCUCAGUCUCUGUCCAACGUGGACAUCCUGAUCUCCUUCUGUGACCCCAACACCUCUCCUGCUUCUCCUAAAACCGACUCCAGAGAAGGAGAGAAAUCCCCGCUGGAGGCCACCAUGUCUUUCCCUCUGGAGCGGUCAAAGUUCACGCAGUAUCUAUCCUCCCCAAGUCUCACCAGCACCCCCUCACCCAGGAAAUCCAGUUUUGGUUCCAGCCAGGAGGGGGUGACCAGUCUGAGCCCCCAUGGCAGCCCAAAGCCGGCCUCCAGGUCUCGCAGCAUGCCUCCAGGGGGAGCCAAACCCUCCCCCAGAGUGACGAGGAAGAAGAGCGAGAGCGAUGAAGCUAAACCUGAGGAAGAGGACAGAACAUCACAGCCGUCUGACGGGGAUCAUGGAGCAGGUGAGAGUAACCAUGGCGACAGAGGGGAGGAGAAAAAGGAGGAGGAGCUUCUGUUGGAUGAGGACAGACUGUACCCGACGCUGCGGUCCAAGAGUCUGAACAUCAACCCGAAGAAGACGAGGACGAAGAGGAAAGAGGCGGAGGAGACGCCUCGCUCAGCCAGCAGCGUCAAAGACCUGGUGUCUGCAUUCAGCGGGGGGACGGAGGGGGUCCGGUCCAGGACCAGGUCCAGAGACUCUGACAGUUUAUCCUGA